UUUUUCUCUUUAAAAUACUUCAUGAUAAUGUUGAUAUAAGUAGCUCCCCUAGCGUAUGUAAUUGGAACUAUAUAGAUACAAAAGGAAACUGGUCGCCUUUUAACACGGUAGAAGCAAAGAUGAACUAAGUUUCUUAAUGAAUCAUUUAGAAGAUAGAAUAAUACUCCUAAACAUUUUGAAAUUUCUGUAAUAAUAUGGCAAAAUGUCUGUUGGUGGUGAAGCCCUUGUAUACAACUGCCAUUCUUUGGAACAAUCACAUCAUAAUAUGACAAAUUAUUCACAAAGUGAAACAUUGAAUAUUGAUAAUGUAGUUGAUAAUAUUGAUAACGUUGCAAUGUUGUAUCAUGCUCAAACAAAGACAUCACCUAUAACUUCAUGGGUGCCAGGGUCUUCGUGCCAAGCCUUACGCCAUGCUGUUUCUACACUUAAUCGUCUUGAUGAUUUCAACUGUGAAAAAAUUGAUUCUGGUUUUUUCUCUGAAGUAUUUAAAGUGACACACCGAACGACCGGUCAAGUGAUGGUAUUAAAAAUGAAUACGUCGUUUAAUAAUCGUCCUAAUAUGCUCCGGGAAGUCCAGUUAAUGAACAGAUUAUCUCACGCAAACAUACUUAGGUUGAUGGGUGUGUGUGUUCAUAAAGGGCAGUUACAUGCGCUGACUGAAUACAUCAAUGGUGGCAGCUUAGAACAACUAUUGUUAAAUAAACAAGAAGAAUUGCCAUGGUCCGUGCGUAUCAGAUUAGCUUUGGACAUUGCCAGAGGAUUAUGUUAUUUACAUUCUCGAGGAGUAUUUCAUCGUGAUCUUACUUCUAAGAAUGUCUUAAUUAAAAAAGAAGGCUUAGAGAUGAUAGCAGUUGUAGGUGAUUUUGGUUUAGCAGAAAAAAUUCCUGAUCCAAGAGAGAGAAGUCAAAGGCUUCCGAUAGUUGGUUCACCUUAUUGGAUGGCACCAGAGUGUUUACGUGGAGAAUGGUAUGAUGAGAGAGCAGAUAUUUUUUCAUACGGAAUUAUUUUGUGUGAAAUAAUAGCUAGGAUAGAAGCUGAUCCAGAUAUACUUCCACGUACAGAGAAUUUUGGAGUAGAUUAUGUUGCCUUCAGUGAAAUGUGUCCAGAUUGCCCUCCUAAUUUUCUUACAUUAGCAUUUAGUUGUUGCAGAAUUGAUCCAAGGAGCCGUCCCUCUUUCAAAGACAUUGUUAAUCAGUUAGAAGCUUUAAUGUUCAAUCAAUAUCAUCAAAAUUGUUUAAUCAAUCAGGUAUCAUCAUACACAUCUGGAACUGAUGAAGCCGAUAAUUUUGAUAGUGUUCAAGCAAUAUUUGUCCAUCGUUGGACACAUCGAGCUUCAGUACCUUCAUUGACUGUUGAUCAUUUGUGUAAAGAUAAAGAUGAAUUACCAUUGCGUGUUAGAUCCUACAGCACAAUUCCUAUAAUGAAAAAGCCAGUUGAUGAACUAUCAGUGAAACCAGUUACACCAAAGCAUAUUGGCGAAGUCAUGUCAUUACGUGAUCCUGAUUAUAAACCUAACAAUAAUUUACAAAAUCCUUUUGCUUCCCUACCUCGAUUUUGGAACAGGAAAAAGAUUUUAGAAACCAAUAAUCAUGAGGGAGAUCAAGAACUUGCUCAUUCUUGUUCCUUUCAGUUUUCUUCUCCUUCAUUUAAAGAUGAAAAUCAACAAAAAUCAAGGAAUUCAAAGAGAAAAUCAAUUGAGAAUAGAGAUAAAGGAAUUAAUCAUCAAUUUUCACAUUCAUUGCCUUCUUCACCAACAUUAUGCAAAGCUUUAUUUCAACUACCUGACCCAUCAGAUGAACCAAUGAUGUAUUCUUUGGACCAACCUUAUUCACCAUCUUCAUCCCUUUCGCCAGUAGAUCAAGAUAGCUUACUCAGUUUUAGUUCCGUCCAGAAUAAAUCCAAAGGUGAUAAAUCAAAAUCUCCUAUUCAGAAAAUUUAUCAUUCAGAAGAACAAGCUCAAGUCAAUAACAUAUUAGUGCCUCCAAAUUUAUCUGAAGAAGCUAUAGUUUAUCGCAAUAAAACAAGUGCCAAACAACGUCGUGCAUCCGGAGAAUCUGGAUUUUUUAGUGUCGGAGAUAGAAACAGCACUUGUGAUUUGGAAUGUUGUUGUCAAAGUGAUACGCCAUCGUCAUGGCAAAAUGAAAAUAAAGACGAUGCAUUGUCUGAUGAUAAUCUUUACAUUUGUGAUUCUGGAGACUAUGAUAAAUACUCCCCAGAAUCGCAACAAACUUUUGGCAGCUAUAAGAAACGUUUUCCUUUAUUUUGUUCUGAAGAUCCUGGAUGUUGUUGUGGUUUGACAUUAUCUUUCCAUUCUAAUUCUGUGGUAGAAACUAAAGAACCAGAACCCAAAAAAUUUGAUGGUUCUGAAUGCUUAGUUAGAGUUGAUUUUCCUUUAUGUUUAAAUGAAAAUGAAACUAAAAAGCUUGAAUCUGUAGAAAUAAAACAAACUGUAAAACAAGAAGAAUUAGAUUCUAGUCAAAAUACCUUUUAUAAUGAAGAGCUUUCAACAAGUUUGCAAGAUUGUUGCAUGAAGAGAAAAAGGACAACAAAGUAUAUCCACAAUGUGGAAAUUUGAGUGAUUCAGACAAGAAAUGAAGAGCUGUAUUCAGUGGAUCGUAAAUAUCUUCAUUCUUCUUUUAUCUUUCUUUCUUUUUUUCCUAUCUUAUAAUUUUAACCAACUUAUUUCUAAAUUUAAUCUAAAUUAAGAAAUGGUAUUAUAACUUUCUGUCUUUUGCCAUGAUUUAUCAUGGAUGUUGUCGCUCACUUUUGCCACAUGAAGUCAUUUCGAAUCUUGAAUUUAUAAAAUUUAUAUUCAAAUAUACCGUAUCUUAGAUAAUACAAAAUUCACUGGCAUAUAUCUCAGGAAAUACAUUUAAAAGCUGUAACAAUUGCUUCUGGAUAUUUAGAAAAAAAAGGACUUUUUAGUCAACUCCUUUCAGAGUAUAAAUAAAUAUAACAAAUGGCCAAAGAUUAAGUACAAGUUCAUGUACAAAAGAAAAAAUAACAUACAAAUGUACAGAUAAAAGUUUAUAUCUUUGUCAAAUGAAAUAUUUGAGAAGUUGCCAGUAUUAAAAAUAUAUCAAAGUAUAUUU